GCCGGAGCCGUGAAAAGGAGCGGCGGGGGGAGCGGGGGGAGCCGGCGGCAUGAGGGCAGCGCUCGCCCCGGGAGUGCGGUUGCUGCGCGCCCUGCCCCGGGACAGCCGGUAUCGGGGCCUGACGCUGGUGCUGACCUUCCUCUGCUACACCAGCUACCACCUCUCCCGAAAACCCAUCAGCAUCAUCAAGAGCCAGCUGCACCCCAACUGCUCAGCCUUGGGUCCGAACCCCCACAAUGACUCCAACAGCAGCGCCUGGUGCAGCUGGGCACCCUUCGAUGGGGACAACUACAACGAGCUUUUCGGGGCGUUGGAUAAUGCCUUCCUGGUGGCCUAUGCCAUUGGGAUGUUUAUCAGCGGCAUUUUCGGGGAGCGCCUCCCACUGCGGUACUACCUGUCGGCGGGGAUGGUGGUGAGUGGGCUCUUCACCGCGCUCUUCGGCCUUGGCUACUUCUGGAACAUCCAUGUCCUCUGGUACUUCAUCAUCAUGCAGGUCUGCAAUGGGCUGGUGCAGACGACCGGCUGGCCUUCUGUCGUGACAUGCGUCGGGAAUUGGUUCGGGAAGGGAAAGAGAGGUUUCAUCAUGGGCAUCUGGAACUCGCACUCCUCCGUUGGCAACAUCUUAGGGUCACUCAUCGCUGGCAUCUGGGUUUCCUCCGCCUGGGGCUUCUCCUUUGUUGUGCCUGGCAUCAUCAUCGCUGUCAUGGGCAUCAUCUGCUUCUUCUUUCUUGUGGAGUAUCCCGAGGAUGUUGGCUGCAGCCCACCUAUGCAUCACAUGGCCUCCGAUGAGGAGGACACUGGAGGGGUGACCUCCAAAGAGAAGGACCCCGAAGCAGUCACCUCCAAUGAGGGGCCGCUGAGAGUCUCAGGCCAGAGCAGCGGAGAUGACUCCAACAGCACCAAGGAACCAGCCGAGAAGCCUGAAGCCAUCAGCUUCCUCGGGGCACUCAAGAUACCCGGUGUGGUGGAGUUCUCCCUUUGCCUGCUCUUUGCCAAGCUGGUGAGCUACACCUUCCUCUACUGGCUGCCUCUCUACAUCGUGAACGUCGCUCAUUUUGGGGCCAAGGAAGCUGGGGACUUGUCAACGCUCUUUGACGUCGGGGGCAUUUUUGGUGGGAUCUUGGCAGGACUCAUCUCUGACUACACCGGCGGCCGAGCCACCACGUGCUGCGUGAUGCUGGUCAUCGCUGCUCCCAUGCUGUUCCUGUAUAAUCAUGUUGGCCAGAAUGGCAUCGGCACAUCAGUAGCGAUGCUGAUCAUAUGUGGUGCUCUGGUUAACGGGCCCUACGCUCUCAUCACGACAGCGGUGUCAGCAGAUUUGGGAACCCAUGAGUCUCUCAAAGGAAACUCCAGAGCACUUUCUACCGUCACAGCCAUCAUUGACGGCACAGGAUCUGUAGGUGCAGCACUAGGGCCGCUGCUCGCAGGGCUCAUCUCCCCCACUGGCUGGAAUAAUGUCUUCUACAUGUUGAUAGCAGCUGAUGUCUUGGCUUGCCUGCUACUCGCUCGUGUGGUGGUCAAAGAGGUUCGCGGGUGGUGUGGCUGCAUGGUGCGGAAGAGAGGCUCUAGCGUGCAACUAACAGAGUCAGUGCUGGAUGGGAAGUAGCUCGGUGUGAAAGACCAAUAGUCUGGGCCUUGCGCUGUGGUUUAAGGAGUUUUGACAUUCCCCCCUGUGAGCCGCCCCGAGCGGAGAGGCCUGGAGGGAGGAGAGCGGCUGGGGCACGCAGGAGUGUGUUCGUCUCGGCAGAGCCGAGGCAUAACCUCAGGCAUGGCCCUGCGAGCUCGUAUGGCCAACAUGGGUUUGCUUUGGAGGAAGGCAGCGGUGAGGAGCCGUCCGAGGGCCCCGGCUGGCCGGUUUUCUGGGCCGAUUCUUCACCGUCAGCCGGUUUAUUAAUAAAAACGUACAAAAACUGU